GCGUUGCGCAAGCUCCGGGCAAAGAUAUACGUGUACUUUUCUUUUAUCGUCAUAAGUGGUCUUCAAUGACUCGUGUAGACUGAAUUUCUCCCGGAAAAUUCAGGAUCACCUUGUCCAAUUCUCCUUAUUGCAGGCGAGCUAGGAGGCCGGAAGAGAGAGAGAGAGAGAUUAGUUAGUGAAUGGCGAAAUCCAGCGCCGACGAUGAGGAGCUCCGGAGAGCCUGCGAGGUGGUGAUAGAAAGCACCAAGCAGACGGUCUUAAUGUCGAUCCGAGUCGCCAAGAGCCGCGGGAUCUGGGGCAAACCGGGAAGCAAGUUAGGCCGCGGUCAAAUGGCCAAACCUAGGGUUCUAGCUAUUUCCGCAAAAGAAAAAGGUCAGCAGACUAGAGCUUUUCUACGUGUGCUAAAGUAUUCCACUGGAGGUGUUCUUGAGCCUGCCAAGUUGUAUAAGCUGAAGCAUCUUUCAAAGGUGGAGGUUGUAACUAAUGAUCCAAGUGGCUGUACAUUUACUCUGGGAUUUGAUAAUCUUAGAAGUGCAUCUGUAGCUCCCCCUCAAUGGACAAUGCGCAACGUUGAUGACAGGAAUCGCCUUUUGCUUUGCAUCUUAAACCUCUGCAAAGAUGUAUUGGGCCGUCUCCCAAAGGUUGUUGGGGUAGACGUGGUAGAGAUGGCACUUUGGGCGAAGGAAAAUACACCUGCUGUAAUUAGCAAACAAAAAGGUGGUAACCUUCAAGCUAUGCCUGUGGCUGCCGUGGAGGCAGAAGAUGACAUGAGAGUGACUGUUGAAAGGGAACUUGUGUCGCAAGCUGAGGAGGAGGAUAUGGAGGCUCUUUUAGGCACUUAUGUCAUUGGCAUUGGUGAAGCUGAGGCAUUUUCUGAGAGGAUGAAGAGAGAACUUCAAGCUUUGGAAGCAGCAAAUGUCCAUGCCAUAUUGGAGAAUGAGCCUUUAAUAGAUGAGGUACUACAGGGGCUUGAAUCUGCUUCUAGUUGUGUUGAAGACAUGGAUGAAUGGUUGAGCAUCUUUAAUUUAAAACUUAGACACAUGAGAGAAGACAUCGAAUCGAUAGAAGUCCGCAAUAACAAGUUGGAAAUGCAGUCAGUAAACAAUGAAGUAUUGAUUGAGCAACUUGAUAAGCUUCUUGAAAAAUUACGAAUUCCUUCUGAGUAUGCAGCAAGUUUAACCAGUGGUUCAUUUGAUGAAGCACGCAUGCUUCAAAAUAUUGAAGCUUGCGAAUGGUUGACCAAUGCUCUACGUGGCCUUGAAGCACCUAAUUUGGAUCCUAGCUAUGCCAAAAUGCAAGCUGUAAAAGAGAAGCAAGCAGAACUUGACAAAUUGAAAACUACUUUUGUUCGUAGAGCUUCUGAGUUCUUGAGAGACUACUUUUCUAGUUUGGUUGAUUUCAUGAUAAGUGAUAAGAGUUACUUCUCUCAGCGUGGGCAAUUGAAAAGGCCUGACCAUGCCGAUCUACGAUACAAGUGUCGGACGUAUGCUCGACUUUUACAACACUUGAAGAGCCUUGACAAGAACUGCUUAGGCCCUCUAAGAAAAGCUUACUGUACAUCCCUUAACUUGCUUUUGCGCCGUGAGGCUCGUGAGUUUGCAAAUGAACUUCGUGCAAGUACAAAGGCAUCAAGAAAUCCAACUGUAUGGCUUGAAGGUUCCACAGGUUCCAGCCAGAGUGUGAAUAAUGCAGACACUUCUACUGUGUCAGAAGCAUAUGCUAAAAUGCUUACAAUAUUUAUCCCACUACUUGUGGAUGAGAGUUCUUUCUUUGCACAUUUUAUGUGCUUUGGAGUUCCUGCACUUGUUCCUCCAGGAGGAGUUGCCAAUGGCAAUAAAAGUGUACAAGAUGAGGAUGAUGAUGAUGAUUUAGGCAUCAUGGAUAUUGAUGAUAAUGACAACAAAGCUGGCAAAAGUUCAUCAGAGCUAGAAGCAUUAAAUGACUCACUUCAUGAUUUGCUUGAUGGAAUACAAGAAGACUUUUAUGCUGUGGUAGAUUGGGCAUACAAGAUUGAUCCUUUACGCUGCAUAUCAAUGCAUGGAAUCACAGAACGGUAUAUUUCUGGUCAGAAAGCUGAUGCAGCAGGGUUUGUUCGUAUCUUGCUUGAUGACCUGGAAUCUAGAAUUUCUAUGCAGUUUAGCCGUUUUGUAGAUGAAGCUUGUCACCAGAUUGAAAGAAAUGAGCGGAACGUUCGACAGUUGGGGGUCUUGUCAUAUAUACCCAGAUUUGCUACACUUGCAACCCGUAUGGAGCAAUAUAUCCAGGGACAGUCAAGGGACUUGGUUGAUCAGGCAUACACUAAAUUUGUUUCUACAAUGUUUGCGACUUUAGACAAAAUUGCUCAGGCUGAGCCAAAAUAUGCAGACAUUAUGCUUUUAGAGAACUAUGCUGCAUUUCAGAAUAGUCUGUAUGACCUGGCCAAUGUUGUGCCCACUUUAGCAAGGUUUUAUCACCAAGCUAGUGAGUCUUAUGAACAGGCUUGUACACGUCACAUCAAUGUGAUUAUAUAUAAUCAAUUUGAGAGACUCUUCCAAUUUGCGAAAAGAAUUGAGGAUUUAAUGUACACGAUCACACCAGAAGAGAUUCCAUUCCAGCUUGGAUUGUCUAAGAUGGAUCUUCGGAAGGUUGUCAAAUCUAGUUUAUCAGGGGUUGACAAGUCCAUCACUUUGAUGUACAAGAGAUUGCAGAAGAACUUAACCUCAGAUGAGUUGUUGCCUUCAUUGUGGGAUAAAUGCAAGAAGGAGUUUCUGGACAAGUAUGACAGUUUUCAUCAGCUCGUAGCUAAGAUUUAUGGUGAUGAGGCCAUCCCGUCUGUUACAGAAAUGAAAGGAAUCCUGGCAUCUAUGUAACCGUAUUCGUUGUCCUGUAUAUUUAGUUAUAUUCUUUUUUGAACUUGAGACCGAGUCUUGCCGCUAGACUACACAACUCCCGGCUUCUUUUCUGUUUUGUGGAGAAUGGGAAAAGGGGCUUGUAGAUGUGCCUUCUGCAUUCGGUUGUGUUUUGUAUAUGUUUUUUUUUUCUUUUAUAUAUUUGUUGGGUCUAUUCUCUUGUAAUGUUUUUUUUUUUUUUUUUUUUGAAAACUUCUCUUGUAAUAGACGGUGUAGUUUCACCAGAGCCAGUUGAGUAGAACUUGUACGUGUAUAUCUUUCUUGGCUUAAUUUAUACGGAGUAUCAUUUCUACUUGUGAAGACAA